AUGGACCUGAGACUGUGGGGGUCCCUGAUUGGUCCGUGUCUCUGGUCCAUGUGGGAAGCUCCUCCUGGUUUAGGUCACAUGAUCACUGUCUGUUCUCCUCCAGAUGACUCCUCCCCUCCGUCUCCACUUCCUGUCCCGAAGCCUCGCUCUCGUUACAUGAGAGACAGUCUGAGCUCCGCCUCCUCUUUGGACAGAGAUGUGAUCGGUGAAAAUCUACAAACAGUUUUCUCUAAUGGGGCUCACCUGAGCACAGGUGAAGGAGCUCCUCCUCUUCCUUCUCUCGGUGGGUCGGACCGCGGAGCUGUCUUCCCGACUUUGGCCGGCGUUACUGACAUGAUCGCCAGCAGCAUCCCCUCAUUGGCUGGAUUUGCCGCCUCCAUUGGAGGCCAGGCCCCCAGUUCCCCCACUCCCUCAGCCCCUCCCUCCAUAGACAGCGUGGCUAACAGCAUCGCCAGCCACAUACCUAGCUUAGCAGGAACUGCUAGCGCUGUGGCUAACCCUGCUGCUGCGUUAAACUCCGCCUCCAACAGCGCACCUGUACCUGCUGCUAACACUGUUAGCUUAGAAAGCAUCAUUAGCUCAUUAGCUAACAUACCCAGUUUAGCGGUAAUUGUUAGCAGUGUGGCUAAUCCUGCUGUCAGCUCCAUGAGCACAUCAGCCCACCCCCUCACGCCGAGGGGCGGAGCCUCCCACACAGAUGUUGGAGCGUUGUCACAGCUGGUGAUGUCAGCGCUGGACCAGAACACAGGAUUCUCAUUACCUCCACUAGAGGGAGCAGCCGAGCCGGCAGAGGACGUCUGUAAACGUUCUCCUCACACCAUCAAAGAAGAAAGCCCGUACGUCACCAUGUUGGCGUGUUGGGCGAGCCAAGACGAAGCUGACACCGACUCAUCCAAUGAGGAGGAGGAUACCGGAGCUAGCCCCGCCCCCUCUGGAGCUGAAGGACCAAUGGAAGGAGAUCCUGCUUCUAACCCGUCCUCUAAUACCAAAGACCGCCCGUCCAACCCUUCAGGGCGUCUGGUCCCCAGCAGGCCGGCCCCGCCCCCUCCGCAUCCUCAGGGCCAAUCAGGGAAGCCUCUGAAACAGAAGAUUCCCAGAGCGGCAACAAUCCGAGUGUCCCGGAAGAAAGGAGGAAGUGGAACCUCAACGACACAGAACGCCGUGGUGAGAACCAGCUGGCUGGACGUCUGGAAGGGAUUCAGACAUAAUGUUUUAUGGGCGACGUUGGACGGUCAGCUGAUGUCUCUGUGGAAAAAACGCUCAAACCGGUUCAGUGAGGUCCUCUUUCACGUCUCCAGCAUCACCAACGUGAAGAAACAGGACAAAGGAAGAUUCUCUGUUUACUUCAAGAAGAAGCACUAUGACUUCAUGGCUCAUAAUGAGGAGGUUCAGAAAGGUUGGGUCACGUCUCUGCUAGCAACCCGAGGCCAGCCAAGCCCCUCCCCCCCAGAGCUCCACGGAUCAAUCACCAUCAAGGACCCGCGGAGCCGGGCCUACGCCGCCAUCUGGGGUCACGACCUCUGGAUUUACCCCAACAAGGAGAGCUUCCAGCUGGGCAUCGCCUCCUGCUCCGUCCCCCUGAACGUGGCCACGGUGAAAUCUACAGGGAAACACUCUUUUACCCUCAUCACUCCAUACAGGAGCUUCAAUCUGUCUGUUGAUUCGUCGAAGGAGCUCUCCGUGUGGUUGGACAGCCUGUCCUCCUUCAUUCACAGCGCUCUGUCCAGCAGCCAUGUGGCGCUGCGUAUCUGGGAAAACCCCGACAACAAAGUGUGCGGUGACUGCGGCUCGGCCAAUCCUGAGUGGGCGUCGGUCAACCUGCUGCUGGUCAUCUGUCAGGCCUGUGCAGGUCAGCAUCGAGCUCUGGGAAGCAACCUGUCGAAGGUACGCAGCCUGAUGAUGGACAAGAAGAUCUGGACUGAACCACUCAUACAGCUGUUUGUUACCCACGGUAACCGGCUGGCCAACCAGGUGUGGGCUCCGGCAGUGCCGGCGGCGGAUCAGUUGAGUCCGGGGUCGUCUGACGAAGAGAGGUCAAAGUUCAUCCAGGAUAAAUACAGCAGGGGCGUCUACAGACGAGUCCACGCUCUGACCUCCUCACGCUCUCUGAUGGAUCAGAGGCUGCGUCAGGUGGUUUGUGGAGACGACGUAGAAGAAACGAUGUCUCUGAUCUGUUCAGGAGCAAAGGUGUGUCAGACGGACCCUCAGAGCCCCUCCCCCAUCCUGCUGGCUGAGAGGGCCGGUCAGGCUCUGCAGACCGAGCUGCUCCGCCUCAACGAGUACACAGAUGUCCCACCUUUCCUGUCCCAGAGACCUGACUCCGCCCCCUCAGGUAGGAUACAUACACUAAUAGUGAGGAGAGAAGAGGAGGAGCUUCACGGUAAACUAGAGGAAGAUCGUUUCCUGUUCUCGUUAGAAAACGACUCUGCAGCGUGUGACGUUCUCGACCUGAGAGAAGUUCUGUCUGUGUUCCUCAGAGACGGAGCAGCUCAUCAGUUUGAGAUGGUGACUCUGAGCAAUCAGCUGAUCUGUGCUGCCGACACUGAGGAGGCUCUGGUGAAUCACCUGGUCCACAUUCUGAAGGUGAUUCUCCCAGGGGGCGUGUCUUACGCAGAGGUGGGAGGAGCUUCUGCCGUCAGUAGAGUGCGUGUAGUUAAAGUGGGCGGUGCCUCGAGUCACUGUGAUGCCUGGUUGUUGCUGUUGGAGGACGGAGUCAGUCUUCAUCCCGUCCAGAGACAAACACAGCAGACUCUGAGGAUGGAUCUUGACGAGCUCAGUAACCAUGAAAUGGAUCCAUCUGAAAACAUCAUCACCAUGGCGACGGCAGACAGGAGCGUGUCGUUGCGUUUCGAGGAACAGCACAGCUGUCGCUCCUGGUUCAGCCAGCUGCAGAGAGCUCUGACCAAUCAGAGAGCAGCUCCGCGGCGUCCUCCGGCAGCCAAUCAGAGCGCGGCGGCUCUGCCCCUGUACCCGGUGGUGGACGUGUUCUCCAGGGGCUCGGUCCCGCCGGCCGUGGAACGCUGCAUCUCCCACAUCACCAGCUUCGGUCUGAAGGUGGAGGGCGUGUACCGCCGCUGUGGCCUCGCCUCCAAAGUCACCCAGCUGGUGGAGGCUCUGAUGACAUCACCUAACUCCGCCCCUCUGGAGAGUGACGAGCAGGGAGUUCUGGACGCCGGCUCCGCCCUCAAACAAUAUGUCCGCCAGCACGAGGGUUUGAUCCCCGACACAGACAGACAGCAGUGGAUCCACGCUGCAAUGGUUGCAGACGAACGCUCCAGGUUUUCAUCUUACCGACGGUUGCUACGGCAACUGCCUGACGACAACCGAGCAACACUGAACGCACUGUUUGGACACUUCUACAUGGUCCAGCUGUUCUCUCAGGUCAACAGGAUGUCGGCUCAGAACCUGGCUCUGGUUCUGGUCCCGACUCUGUUUCAGACUCUGAACCAGGAUCUGCUCCGACUCACCAGAGAGUUCAUCAUCCACCACACGCUGCUGUUCCUGACACCUGAGAGAGAGGAGGAGGAAGAACAGAUCACUGUGUUCUGAAGAAGAAGAAGA